AUGUCGAGCGACGAGGAAGCCGAGGUGGCCACCAGAGGGGAGGUGGAGAAGGAAACGGAGACCGAGGAGGAUCUGCGAAUUUUCGAGACUCUCUGUAUAUCGUCCGCUGGAAAGGUCCGCCAUGAUGAAGCGAUGACUCACGAGCUGACAACCACCUUGAGGAGCGAGCUGGCUGCUCUGGAGUACAAACGGGACCGUCUGGUGUCCGAGCUCCAAGAGAUGAAAAGCCUCGUGAGAUCGCGCGAUCAACGAAUCGUGGAGCUACAGAUGGAGGCCGAUCAGCUUCGGGAACAAGCUGCCCGACAGAACGCCAUCGUGUCGAGUCUUAAAAAUCGUAUACAGGAAUUGGAGGAACGCGAGAGAAAUCUUUACGCGACCCACGGCCGGCACGAGAUCACGAUACAGGGUUUGCAGCGUGAUCUGAAGUAUCGCGAGGAGAAGAUACGGGAAUACGAGAAAAAGAUUCGUCACCUGGAGCUGAAUAUAUCCGAAGACUCGUGAGGUGAUUUGAAACAAGACUUUGCACGGCAAUUGGCGCACGCGUUGAACCUCGAGUACUGCGAGACUGUUCAUCCCAGCGUCGAGAUGGUGAUCCAGAAAGCAGAGGAACUGGUCCAGGAGGCGAAUCGUCUUCGGGCUAAAACCACGAACGUCGAGACCCAAUUGUCCACCGUUCAGACGGACUUCCGAAGCUGUCGUGACGCUCUGGAUCGCGCAGUCGCGGACAAGGAAUUGCUUCAUCGACAGAUAUCCUCGCAUUUGCUCGAUUUGGACCGUUUGAAACAGGACAAAGAGUGCCUAGAGAUGCAGUACAGAGUCGCUGAAAGGGAACUGAACGAUCUUCGGGACAAACUGGUGAACGCGAACAGGAGCAUCACGAGCGCGACCGGAAACAUAUCCAGCCAAGAAACGCUGAUCUGCCAGUUGAGAGAUGAUCUGAAGCACCGGGAGGAGAAGGUGCAACGGUUGCAGAGCGAGUCGCGACACAUGCUCGAGUCGUUCGCGAUAUUGGUUAGCGGGCCGAACCGAUACGUCGAGUCUCACGAGAACGCCAUCAAGGAUCGUAUCAGGGAGAUAUUGGCCGAGAACAAGGAUCAGGCUCUUAAUAUAGAGAACUUGCGGGAGAAAGUGACCGUGGCGACGGAAUCGACGAAUCGACAGACGGAACUGAUCGAGACCACUGUCUCGAAGAUACGGAAUCUGGAGGAGGAACGAUCGAGCCUCGAGAACAAAGUUCGCAAACUGGAAUCCGAAUUGACCGGUUGCGAGUUAUCGAAAGAAUGUUUGAGCAGAGAUAAGCAGGCGUUCGCCACGUUCCUGGAUCGACUUGGAAAAGCGAUGCAAAUGGACGAGAUCUCCGAGGGUAUGGGCCUCGAACUACAGACCGAGUCGCUGUUGGUGCGAGCCGAGCAAUUGGUUCGACUGGAAACCGACAAGCUGGUGGACAAGUAUCCGUACUACACCACUCUACCGAGGAUUCGACGCGAGCGGUCCUUCCAUGAGCUUUCUUCUACGAAAGAAACCUCGGUGGUCUAUCAGCUGCAACGUCGCGUGAGAACGCUUCGGGAGCAAUUGCAGCGCAGAGAUCUCCAUCUGGAUCUUCUUCGUAGAAAGCUGUCGCUGCAGGAGGACAGCGUACGGAUGAAAUCAUUGCUGCAAACCGAAAGGGACGAGGCGAACAUUCGGGCGAAGAAGCUGAUGAAGCAGAUCGAUCGUUUGCAGGCACAAUUGUCGGAAGAAAAAUUGCGGAAUCGCGAGCUGAGCUCGCAAUUGACAGAGGCGGCUGAUUACAAGAUAGCCGCUUUGGAGCGGAGCCGUAAGAUAGAAGAGCUCCAAAAACGUCUGGUCGAGAGCGAGACGUUACGGACGCGUUCCAACCGAAAGUUGACGCUGCUCAAGGAGCAGCUUCGUAGCACGACUGAGACUGCUGACCAAGAGAGAUCCAUAAACGAUCAUUCGUUGCAGUUGCUUCGAAACGAAUUGGCUCAGGUCAAGCAGAAUCUCUCUGAGAUUACCAAAAGGGAAUCCCAACUGCAAAGCUUCCGUAUCUCCGUGGUCAAGUUAUUGUCCGAGCCAAUCUGCACGCCAGACUACGAGAUAAUUUCGCGGCUGCAGAAAAUGGUCGCGGCGCAUCGGGACUUCACGAUGCUGUCGCGUAGAUACGACGAACCAUUGGACACCAGUCCGUCUAGAUGUACAAGCGUUCAUCCCGUUCAUCCCCCGAGAUCACCUGGGUCACGAUGCACCCGUUACGAGGACAGCGGUUUCGCGGACCCGCCGGAUCUCCACGAUAUCGAAGACGAGUAUAACAAACGACCGGUUCGAAGCAGCCUGCUCCCUUGA